AUGGAUUGCUACUACCAUCCAUUCACCGCCUUCAACCUCAUCCGAGGGGAUUUCCGUCCCCCAAUUUUGCCCCAACUCAGAAUCCAAUUCCACCUUUUCUUCGAAAUCAAAUACAACAAUUACUUGCUAGACCACGACUGCACACUACAAGGGUUUCCCGGCACCUUCCCCACCACCCAAACCUACGCCACCGCCACCGUGGUCAUCGACGGAGAAACCCUCUCGUUUGCGGCCGUAAAGGCGGCCGUCGGGAGGGCCAUCAGAAACCACGUUCCGACCGUCGGCAGGAGGGGCGAGGAUUUGAUCGUGUUCGCGUUCGAGCAAGCGCGCGUGCGGCUUCCGGCCCAUCGAACCCUAUCUGGCUCCUGCGAUCUUCACCUCACCUUCGACGUUCGCGUCGAGCACCGGCACGUGUUCUUCGUGGAGGACGAAGACCCCUUGCUGGUGCCGGCCGCGGAGGAGCCGUCGUUCGCUUCUCUGCUGGAGAAGUACGAGGAGGAGGAGGAGGAGGAGGAGAGGUGUUGCUGCAUCUGCUUGGAGAAGCUUGGCGACGGCGGAGGAGCGUCGAAGAUGCCGUGCUCGCAUGUGUAUCACGGCGGCUGCAUCAACAAGUGGCUGAAGAAGAGCCCUAGCUGCCCGCUUUGCCGCUACGAGAUCUAAACCAUAUUAGAGAGAGAAAGAGAGAGG